UUCUUCCGGUGUCCCGCACCCCGGCAGACCGAGGCCGCGUCCUUUGGUUCCGGUUCCGGAGUCCGGACCCAGGCCCCGAGCUGGGAGCGCUGCCGUGCGCCAGGGCCUGUUCAUGUACAUUUGGUUUCAAUAGACGUUGAGGGAAUUCACAGCAUUUUUGAGGAGGGACUCACCACUUUGCAGGAUUGAGUCCUAACAGUGAACUAUUCCCAGGACCCAGGGCAGAAUUUACAGAUACAGCAUAUGGUCUAUUUAAAGUAAAGAUGUCUUUAAAUUCAUCUACAUUUUUGAACCAAGAAAGCCAUCAGAAAUUAAAAAGAAAUUUUGAAUGUUUGAAAAAUUCACAACAACAGACUACUUCAUCACUUCAAGAUAACCCACUUCAGAAUUUACAGUUAGCAUCCUGGGAAGUUCUUGAAAAGGCCCAAAAGAGUGGGAGAUCAAAGUGCCCAAGAUGUGGUAGUUCAAGGAUGUUUUAUUGUUAUUCAUGUUAUGUUCCAGUUGAAACUGUGCCUACCAAAGAAAUUCCAGUUGUGAAGCUUCCUUUGAAGAUUGACAUAAUUAAACACCCAAAUGAAACUGAUGGCAAAAGCACUGCUGUACAUGCUAAACUCCUAGCACCUGAAGAUGUUACCAUUUAUACAUAUCCUUGCAUUCCAGACUAUGAAGAAAAAAGACAUGAAAUUGCACUUAUCUUUCCUGGUUCUAACUCAAUUUCAGUAAAAGAUAUUAUUCUCCAUCUGGAAAAAAAUGUUGAGAAAAAUGUUAGUUGUGGCAAUGAUGAUGAUUCUUCAGCAGAGCCAUUUCUCAAGAAAGCAAAAAUAGAAACAAAAGAAGAUCGAAACCUAAGUGAAUACAAAUCAAACAGCAGGAGUGAAGACACUGUACUGAAGAAAGUAAUAUUUAUUGACAGUACUUGGAAUCAAACCAACAAAAUAAUCACUGAUGAGCGACUUCAAGGGUUACUACAAAUUGAGUUGAAAACAAGAAAAACUUGCUUUUGGCGUCACCAGAAAGGAAAGCCAGAUACGUAUCUUUCUACAAUUGAAGCCAUUUAUUAUUUUCUUGUGGAUUAUCACCAGGAGGUUUUAAAAGAGAGCUACAAAGGACAAUAUGACAACCUGCUUUUUUUCUUUUCAUUUAUGUACACGCUGAUAAAAAACGCCAAGAAUUCUGCAGGAAAAGAAUAAGCCAAGACAUCUAUUUGUCUGUAAAUAGCACCAUGUUUGUUUUUCUUCAUCAUAAUUAAAGUGUAGCAAUACAAUUUUUUGUCUAAAUGACAUUUGAGAGUUCAAUAAUAAAACAAUGUAUUACACUCUGGAGUUGUCUGUAAUGCUGCUCCAAAUGCAAGAGCAGGAUCUGGUUCUGUACACAAUUGAUGCAUAAUUUUAAUCACUACUUGUUUCAAUGGGGAUGCGUAUUCCUUAAGGGUUGCCAGUUAGGGCCUACUUUGUGAGUCUGACCCUGCAGUCCUCACCUUGGGUAAAUCACAAUGUGCCUGAGGCAAGGAAUGGAGAAUUAAGACCUCCUAUUGGAAAUAGUAAGAUCUCAGGAUUGUAAAGAUGAGUUAAUAUGUCAACGUGGAAUCUCUUUUCUAAAACAUUGUAAAAUGUAGUUCAGCUGAUUACUGUGUAGGAAUGUGCUCUAACCAAUCAGGCUGACUUCAUGCUGUUGAUAUCACAAUUGCUUACUGAAAUAUUAGGACAAUAUUUCAUCAGGGGGAAAAAAAAUUAAAAGAGUUAGUUGACUGAAUGGAAAACAAAUUAUAAACUUUGUUAGUUUUAAAUAAAGCUGGAAAAAUGAUUUAGUAAUACAGAUAAAAAUAUAGGCCUAGAUUCACAAAGCUACUUAGGUGGCGUGAUGCUGAGCAGAUGCUGGUAAAAUUUUUAAGUGUAGACCAGGCCUAAACUGGCUAGAUAUUUCUGUCUUUGUCCUAUGUUGGUGAGGGAGUCACAAAUCUUGUAAAAGAGACACGAAAAAUCAUAAUAGUUAAACUUUUUCAGAAAUCUGUGAGUUUGUUUUAGUUGUAUCUUUUUUUUUUUCCUCAGUAAACCUGGCUAAUUUUCCAUCUGCAUCAGUCCUCCUCUCCCCUCCCAAAGGGGAGCCUUAGUAUCCAAGGGCAAGUAAACAGCACUGUGAAAAAGGCAUUAAGAAUUUCUGUUUUUAAACUUGUAUAGAAUUUUGUUUGGGGCCAUCAAACCAAUUAAUUGUUGUUUUACUGUUGUUUUAAGUGUACCAAAGUAUUGAAUUAAUCACAAUAAAUAGAGCGUUAAAAUACAAACUAAAGAGCCACUUUUUCAGACAGCUUCUAGCUAGUCUCCAGUUUUACAUGUCCACCCAAUUUCACUUCUUCAGGUAGGCAUGAAAAAGAUUUAUUUUUUUUGCACGUGGAAAUCACUCUGUGUACAUACACAAAAGUGAAGGCCAGGACUGACCAUUUGGCCCUAGGAGUAGAAAGAUUUAGUUAGUAUGCAUGAAUUAAAAUAAGACUGUUCAUAAGAGGCACAGAGUCAGCGUCAGAAUGAUAAACAGCAUUUCAAAUGUGAUGGUGCAGCUGCUAAAAUGAAAAGCAAGUUUGUGUGUAUUUCUCUUACAGCAAGUCAUCUCUCAGCUAUUGGAACAACAGAUUUCUUAGUCAUUUGUUUUUAUUGUUAUUGAGAGAGGUUAUUUGGCUUUUCACAAUGAUUAAUGCUAUUUCCUCUGGUAUGAAUUUUGAUGGUCUUUUUGACAUUUUCAUCCGUACUUGUGUUUCUAAAACAAAGAUUGCUUUAACUUUAUGAAAGUCAAAGAAACGCUUUUUAAACAGUGUAUAAUAGUUUGAGAAGAAAAAACUUUCACCCAUUUUAAACACAUACAAAAAGUGAACUCAGUGACCUAAUGUUUUACAAGAAUCAAACAGAGGAGAAAAUCUGUUUUUUUCUUCCAAGACAUUUCCCUGAAAACAUGUUUUUUUAUUUAAACAGUAGAGGUCAGAUAAAAGCUUAUAUAAGCUGGUCUUCGUUACUUUUGGAAAAUACUUUCAUAAGGUUAAAAACAUUUUCCAAAUGUAACUUUGGGUACCUCACUUUAUUUUAAACAAUGGGAGUUAAGAAGCUAUUCCAAAAGUAAAUUAAUUUUUAGUUGUCAGAUGAAAUCAAUGGCAAUCAAAGGCAAUAUUUAAAAUCUGGAACAUUGACUCUCCAGAAAAUUGGGUUCAGAUUUUUUUUUUUCAAAAUUAACUUUGCUAUAAGGCUACACUAAUUCUUAAACCAACAGAAAUCACUCUUACAAAUAUGGGACACAUCUAGGGUCCACAUUAUUUAAGGUCUAUUGGCAUUGCUCUGAUAACCUUGUGUGGGGCCAUGCAGAAGGUUAGUGUAACCACUGUUUCAGACCUGUUCUGUCUGAAACUUGGCUUUCUCCAAAAAAGAUUUAAAUCCAUUAUUUAAGUUGGAGACUGGCAAAAAAAGAGGCUCCUCAACCCACUGAAAAAGUAUCAUGGUCUCCAAUAGAUUUUCCAGCUUCCAACCAAAAGAAGAGCUUUGCAUUGCCAAAUGAAAGAUAACAAGUAUUUAAUCCUUUCAAGUGGAGUUAGCAGCACUGACCGUGCUGUUAACUAAAAUAAGGGUCAGGGGCUAAGGGCUAAUUAGUUAAGGGCUAAUUCUGGACCUAUUUCUUAAAACUGGAAUGGCCCCUAUCUCAUCUGAACCCAAAGAGAACCUCUCAUCCACCUAUGACAUCACGGCAGGGAGGUACUAGGAGACAACAUCUGGAGUGAGGGGAAAAGACAGGCUUAAACUUGGUCUAGCAGCAUCCUAAAAGGUUUCAAGAUACAGGAGUAAAAGGAGAUGCAUCCCUGUUUUCUGAACACAAGGCCAUCUGCCCGCCUUAAGUUGAGGCACCUCUGGUAUCUGAAGGGAACAGAGAGUUUGCCAUGAGUAGCAAGUACAACUGUGGUGAUAAAAGUGCAAAGAGCCAUCUUACCUGUAGUCUGGUCCAUUCAUCUGCAGUGCUGGAAUCCUGCUUUUGCCUGUGUCCUAAAAAAGAUUUUGCCAGAAGUGGAGAGGAAAGUGGGUUCUCUUCCAUGUUUGGUUAAUAGGGGCACUAGAUCCACUCCUGAAUGUGGCUGUAGAAAGUUGUGAAAAGCUAUUCCUUUUCCUGGAGAGAAGUACAGGAGUCACCAGUCUCAGGUUGAAGAUGUGCAUUCAUCAUUUUAUUCUUAGAUUUGAAUGCUAGAAGGGACCAUUUGAUCAGCUAGUCUAACCACCCGGGUAACACAGUUCAUAGAAUUUCACCCAAUUACCUCUGUGUUGAGCCCAAUAACUUGAGUUUAACUAAAGUAUCUCUUCCAGAAAGGUCUCCAGUCUUGAUAUCAAGGCAUCAAGAGGUGGAGAAUCCACCACUUCCCUUGGGAGUUUGUUCCAAUGGCUAAUCACACUCUGUUAAUGUGCUUAUUUCUAAUUCGAAUUUGUCUGGCUUAAAUAUUUAAAAUGUCACCAAAGCUAUACCUGUAAUCCUCUUUUUUCCACUUAUUUAUUAAGCCUUCUGUAAGGGAGCCUUUAGCUUUUCCUUGUAUUGGUAGUUUAAUUGAAGGCACUACUCGACCAUUUGUACUGCCAAGUGUGCUUAUUAUUUGUGCUCUUGACUAAUUCGUCAUGGAUUUCUUCUCCUAACAGGAACUCAAGUUCAAUCAGAAUCUCUUCCUCGGAUUGGUGAAUUUCCUCCCAGAGUCUCUUAGUUUCCCUAGCUGCCAGUUCUCAUUUAGUUGUGCCUCUUUCUGAAUAAGCAAUUCAUUUUUCUGCUUCAUAAGAUCUUCCUUGGCUGUUGCAAGCACCUCUUUAAUUUUAUUUCUGUAACCAUCUAAGAUUGCACGGUAGUUCCUGUAGUCGGAGGAUUUCUUCUUGCUUUUGUGUGUUCCAGUGAGCACAGGCCUUUGCCAUCUCUGCUUUAACAGAUGCAAGGACUCCUUUCUUUAGCUCCAUUUCCCUUCUAAGGGAAAGUAUAUUCUCUUCAAGCUCUUUGGUUCUUGCUCCAGAUUUGUUUUCUCAAUUUUUUUCUUUCAUUUCUCUUCAGCUGCUGAAAGAACUAGUGAUAGCUAAAAAACACAACAUAUAUAUAAGAACCAAAGAGCUUGAAGAGAAUAUACUUUCCCUUAGAAGGGAAAUGGAGCUAAAGAAAGGAGUCCUUGCAUCUGUUAAAGCAGAGAUAUAUAUAUAUUUUUUUUAAAGAUAUGGUCAGCAAAUGGGAGAUGACCUAUGGGGUCAAAAAGAGAGGGAUGUGGCAAACCCUUGCCCUCUCCCCCCAAACAUUUGUUUACUUAUCUGAUCCAAACCUUUUGUCUACCACCUGUUUCAGAUCCUAUUUAGCUUUUUGAGUCCUUAUUAUAAAGUCUUAUUAGUACUCUAACUGUUUCACAUGCCCCUACAGUACCAUGGGCAAUGUAGUGUGUGGUUCUGAUCAAACGGUCUUCCCAAAAUACACUUCAUACUGUAGUUUUUGUUUGAGCACAUUAAAAACAUUUAGCAAUCAUAAUUAAGGCUACAAUUUUGUUAUGGAUAUUUUUAGUAAAAGUCAGGGACAGGUCACGGGCAAUGAAUAAAAAUUCACGGAAGCCGCAACCUGUCCCUGACUUUUACUAAAAACAGCCUCAAUGAAACAGGGAGGGAGGCGGUCCAGCACCCUGCCCCCCUGCAUGCAGCAGCAGGGAGGUGCGGCUCCCACCCCUGCCCAUUGGCUGGGAGGGACCCCUGACCCAGGCUGGGAUCUGUGAGGUCCUCUGCCGCUGGCAGGUGGGGAGCUCCGGGGCAUCACCUGCCACCUGUGGGAGAUGGGGGUUCUCUGGGGGAUCCCCCGCCGGCAGCAACUAGGGCAUUCUGGGGGAUUCCCCCAUGGGAGCUGGAGAGCUGCCAGAGAUCCCCUGCCACCCUGCAGGGCUGGGGGAGGUCCCAUGGCUGGGCUGCUGUGAGGCACCAAUGUCACUGAGGUCCCUGGAAAUCAUGGAUUCCAUUACUUCUGCAACCUCCAGGACAUACUGAGCCUUAAUCAUAAUUAGUUCGUAUCUAAACUAAGUAUGUUAACACACAAAAUAGUUGUUUAAUGAAAGGCAAGGUUACCUCAAGACACACCCCACCCAGAUCUUUGAAAGCACAGAACUAAGGAGUAAAGAGCAAACCAUUCCUUGCCAUCUUCAUAUCACCUACAAUGCCGUAAAUAUACUUCGAGGCACUGACUUAAAUGUCAGCACAUACCAAAAAGCAAUACCAGCCCUAAAUUUACCCAAUUUGUUUUGUGACAAAGAAUCUUAAUGGUGAUCUUAGCAAUAUUAAAGCAUAGCAACUUUCCCACUGAAUAGCCUAUGUGACCGUGAGAUGUGGUGUUCUGCUGUUACAAGAGAGUAUGAGGUCACUAUUAAGGCUGUGUGUGACAGUCUCUGACAAUGUGUUGACAUAAUCCUAAAUUAUUAUUAUUAUUGUUUGUCUUCAGUGACAUUGUUUAAUGUAACUUCUAUGCUCCUUUGUCAUUAAUAACAAUGUUGCCUUUGAUUGAUAACAUUGUAUCAACGUUGACAUUCAGAAAGUCAUGUUUUAAUCUUCAAAAACUGUUUAUAUAAAGUGGAUUGCAAUUUUUAACAA